AUGUCUGUACUGCUCAGCCCCGUCUUCCCUCCCCUCCUCACCGCUCCCUGUUUCUCGCCCUUCCCUUCCGCUUCUGCUGCUGCUGGUACACACGCCCUGGCCCCCGCCUCUUCGUCCCUCUCCUCUAUUUCUGCUGCUGCAAGUAUACCCACUCCUGCCCCCACCUGCUCGUCCUUCUCCUCUGCUUCUGGUGCUGCUGGUACGCACGCCCAGGUCCCCUCUUUCUCAUCCUUCUCUUCCCCUUCUGCCACUGCCCAUGCCCUCACCUUCUCGUUCUUCUCUUCCCCUUCUGCCACUGCCCAUGCCCUCACCUUCGUCGCUCGCCCCCUUCCUCCGUCCCUGCCCCCACUGCGCAGCCCCAUGGCUUCACUGCUACGCAGCACCGCACAGGAGUAUUCUGGAUCCUGCUCCCCUUCCUCUUCCUCCUCUUCCUCCCUUGCAUACAACCCCGCCUGCCUCUCUCUCUUCGUCCCUCCUCGCUCAGACAUCAUAACCCCUCUCCUCCUUUCCUUUUCUCCCCUGCUGCCCAUGCAGGUUCCGUACAGCACUCGCUCUAUGCCUUUCCUAGCUGCUCUUGCUCCUGCAGAUCCUUCACCGACCCAGGCCUCCUCGGGCCCAUCGGGCUGGGGCUCCUCCCUCGGGCAUCUUCACGCUCCCCCCAGCGCCUCUCUGCAUCUUCCCGACGCUUCUCUCCCCUUGCAGGGGACCGCUCCUGGUACCGCCGCACUCUGUCCUCUCGCUGUCGCUCCUUCUCUGCUGCCCUCGAGACUUCUGGUGACCGCACACCUUCUCUCUUGCCUCGCCUGUCCUCCUCGCGCUCCUUUUCUCUUUCUGGUGAGCGCCACCCGCCUCUUACCUCGUAAUCUCCACGCUCUUCCCAGCCUCGGUGCUCCUGAUCCCGUCUUCCCGUUUCUCCUUCCCUUCCUGCCUCUUCACCCCGCUGGUAUUGCUCUCCUUCGCCCCUCCUCACACGUCUCUCUCUAUCGGGCCACCUUCUUGCUUUUCCGCCUGUUUCCUUUGCAGCCCUCCUCUCUGCCCGCAGGUGUUCUUCUGCUUUCUCACGACGCGCUCCCGCAUCUACCUCUGAGGCGCUGGGUGACGAACGUUCGCUACCCCUGCCUCGCGCCUUCCCCUCCGGCCGCCGCCUCCUUGCUGGCGAGUGCUGAACGCGCCUUCCUUCAUAAUCCUCGUCCUCCUCCUCUUCCGACCACUACGGCGAUCUCCUUCCUCCCAUCGCCAUACGCCUCCUGCCCGCCCGGCUUUGUCCUGGCUCGGGCGAACGAUACACUCCUGCUGGCGCAGCACGGCUCUUCUCCUCCUCCCCUCGCUCCCUUGACAAGGGCUCAGCAGCUUUGCUCCAGCUGUGCCUCGCGCCACUCCCGCGCAUCUCCUCUGGCGCACGAUCUGCAUCCGCGAUUUGCCCCUGGCGCCUCGCAUCACUCCCACGCAUCUCCUCUGGCGCACGACCUGCAUCCGCGAUUUGCCCCUGGCGCCUUGCGUCACUCCCGCGCAUCUCCUCUGCUUGCCGAAUCCUACGAGUCCGCCACGCCCGCGUAG